GUGACCGGGUUGGUGUUCGAGAGGCCAUCCACCGCCUUCCAGCAGAAGGGCCUUCGACCGCUACCCACAACUCGUACCAGCCGUAUGUUGGCCUGCAAGAGUGGGAGAACAUCAAAGCCAGUGUGGCGCAUGAGGUGAUACCAACAAGGCGCUUCCACAUGAGUGACUACAAGGUUCCGGAGGUGGAAGAGUCGCACUCCGAAGCUGUGGCUGGACUAGAGGGAGCACACUCGGUACCACAGGACAUGGCCGCAGGACUCGCCGGCGGUUUGCAGCCCAGUGGUCCCCUGGCUCCGCUUCGCCUGCACUUCAGCGCCGGAGCCAACGAAGUUCAACGAAGCAAGUCGAAACACGUUACGCUGGCCGCUGGAAACGAGCCACCUUUGCCGAUUUCGGGGGGCGCAAGGCUCCUGCUUUACAGGAGUACGCCAAGCGCCGUUCCAGACAAGCAUAGGGAUGCCUCUGCCUCGCCGAAAGUCGAUGCACUGCAGCGCUGGCUCGUCGCCAAGGAGCAGGCGCUCCAGUUCCCGUCGUUGCCCAUCGCAAUACCAAAUCAUUCGCCCAGACAGCGGCCAACCAAAGCUGUGGGCAGAUUGAUUUGUGCGAGCUCUGCUUCGCCAAGGCACGGGCAAGAGCAGUCCUUGGAAGUACAGGUGAACACGGUGAACCCGACGAACCUCGCCCCGAAGAGGCGAGAUGGCCCUGUCAGGGCGCCACAAAUCCGUGACAAGGACAAGGAGAAGUAUCCGUCAGGCAAGCUUAUGAGACCCGUGCGCAAAGCUAAUGCCGACAGUUGGCAGAAGUUGACGGAGGUCCUCGACAGCCCAGGUAGGAUCAAUGCGAAAGAGUCGCAUCCUUCACGAGCAUUCAAUGUGGUUCCGAAGACGAACCUGAGAGUGGUUUGA